GCCUGCGAAGAGGAAGAGGCCAGGCCCACGAGCCGCCGUCCCCGCGGCGGACUUCGCUUUAACGGCCGAGUACGCGGAGAGCCAUGGCUGAAGUGCACGUGAUCGGGCAGAUCCUAGGGGCCACCGGUUUCUCUGAAAGCAGCCUUUUCUGCAAGUGGGGCGUUCACACAGGGGCUGCAUGGAAGCUCCUGUCGGGUGUACGGGAAGGCCAAACCCAAGUAGACACACCGCAGAUAGGCGACAUGGCUUACUGGUCCCACCCUAUUGACCUGCACUUCGCUACCAAAGGUCUCCAAGGCUGGCCUCGACUCCAUCUCCAGGUGUGGUCCCAGGACAGCUUUGGCCGAUGCCAGCUUGCUGGCUAUGGCUUUUGCCACGUGCCUAGCAGCCCAGGCACUCACCGGCUGGACUGCCCUACGUGGAGGCCCCUGGGCAGCUGGCGGGAGCAGCUGGCGCGGGCCUUCGUGGGCGGCGGGCCGCAGCUGCUGCACGCGGACACCAUCUACAGCGGCGCCGACCGCUACCGGCUGCACACGGCCGCCGGUGGCACGGUGCACCUUACUCUCGGCCUGCUGCUGCGUCACUUUGAUCGCUAUGGUGUGGAGUGUUGAGGGACUUCACCGCCACGAACCCCCACCACCCUCCGCCCUGGGCACUCUGAGCACAGGGUGGCACAGCAGUCACAACGUGGACUCUGGAGACUGUCAGUCCUGACCUCACCCAAGUCGUGACCCCUUGUCCUACCUAGGACUGCAAGGCCUACUCCCUGAGGCCCGUGCUCCACGGCACCGCCGGGGCGUGAGCCUGUGGGUUACAGGGACUCGGGAAGCAGCGGCUGUUUGGCGUGUGGGGGCACUUGAUAAAGGCGGGCAUGUCGCA